CAGCAAUAGAUGGGUAUCAAUUAACCAACCAUGUCUUGAAACUUUCUAUGAUACCGAGCAUGUUGGAUAGUGCUUAGGUUAAACUAAAGUUAGGAUCGGAGAGGUGUUGUGCUUCGUAUAUUAUUACUAAGGGUAGUUUUACGAAAUGGCUGUAAAACUAAAAGUAAAGUUUGUUUUAUUUGUUAUUAUUGUUGCACAGGUUAUAAGUUCUUCGACAGCACUUAAAGGUGCAGUUUCUUUAGAUUCUUGGACAUUUGACAAGGUCAUUGCCAAAUAUAAGACAACUUUAGUAAAGUUUGAUGUAACAUAUCCUUAUGGUGAAAAAGAAGAUGAAUUUGCCAAAGUAGCAGAAGCUGCCCGUUUCUCUUCUGAUUUACUUAUUGCUGAAGUUGGAAUUCAAGAUUAUGGGGAUAAAGAAAAUUCAGAUAUUGGUGAACGUUUCAAUGUGAAAAAGGAUGAUUUUCCAGUACUAAAACUUUUUGUGGAGAAGUCAACAGAUCCUAUAACUUACACAGGAGAUUUUAAAGCGGAUGCUAUAAAGGCUUUCAUUCGACAACAUUCCAAUGUCAGACUGGUGCUUAAUAAGUGUUUACCACAGUUUGAUGAGCUAGCAGAAAAGUUUGUAUCAACAGAAAAAAAAGAAAAGCAGGAAAAGAUUCUUAAAGAAGCUAAAGAUUUAGCAGCAACUUUAGAUAAAGAAGAAGAAAGAAAAUAUGGGGAUGUGUAUGUGAAAAUGAUGCAAAAAAUUAUUGAAAGAGGAAAUGGAUUUGUUGCUAGUGAAGCUGAACGUGUGAAAAAUAUAAAAAAUGGAAAGAUUACUGAUGCAAAAAAAGAAGAAAUGCAAGGAAGACUUAAUAUUCUGGAGUCAUUCAAACAAAAAGAUGAGUUGUGACAGAACUUUUAAAAACAGCUAAGUAAAUAUAAAUGAACAGUCAUUCCAUUCUGCACAUCAUUUAAGUAGCAAUAUUAAUGUGUGUUGUAUUGUUUGAUUUAUUUUACACACUACUAGUGCUAAGAAAUUAGUCACAAACAGAAUUUCUAGUGAUUUAAUUCUGUUCAGUUUUCGUAAAUCAAUACUUCUUCCAAUAGUAUUGUUGUUGGCAGCACCAUUGUCUCUUCCAAGAUUUCAGUUUAAUCUCCUCAAGUUGUAGUCAUAACUGGUUUGCUUGAGGACAAUGUUGUAUCCUACCAACUGUCCCAUAAAUAAAAAUCCUUUAUAUGUCAUUCUCAAAGUGAAAUGCAGCUCUCAUUUAUAAAAAAAAUUCUGUUCUUAAAAGCAAAUCUUAUAUAAUCACUAAAUGUCAUGCUUGAAAUUGGUUUUCUACUCCAUUUGACAAAUUCGAUGUUGCACAGUUUUUAUUUGUUUUUUACACAUGAAUAAGAAGUGUGUAUUAAGUUAUUCAAGGAAACCUAAUUACAAAAGAUCCCUAGAAAAGCUUAGUUCCCCCUUUUUUUACUUCUAGAGGGAUAUCUUUCACUCAGUCUUUAUUAUACACCCACACUUUUUUUUUCAUUCAUGUAGUCUUAAGUUUGAUCUUUAAAUGUUAUACUAUUUGAUAUUUAAACCGUAUUUCUAUAAUAUCAAAAAAAAUUUUGAACUGAUACAUUUUUAUAGGCUUUCACUAUAAUUUUCAAAAACUAAACAUCUUGCAAACUUUAAAGCCAUUACAAAUAACUUAUUUUUUAAAACCUGACACUUUUAUCUUUAAGUUGCUCCUGUUUCAAGGUGUAGUUAGGUUUAGAAAAUGGACAGUUUAGUACUGACCAAAAAAUGUUUCUUUCUUGUUAGAAGUCUAAGCAGGUUACAGGUUAUUUUGUGUUUUAAUUGUAACACAUCUGAUAUUCAGUUUGUUUUUACAAGUUCAGAGCACUUUACACUUUCAAUUUUCCACUUUAUAGUCAGACGAGCAAGUAAAUCUUGAUAAUUUAAAUUAUUUGGAUCUUCAUCUGAUAUAAAUGAAGCAUGAUCAAUGAAAUGAAUGUUUAUAAUUAUUAAUUCAACUUAGUAUUGCUAAGCAAUAAUUUUCAUAAUGAAUUACUUUUAGAAUAAUUCAGUAAUUUUUUUUAUUUUAAUAAGUGACCAAAGCAUCAAUUUUGUAUGAUUAUUAACUCAGCUACAACUUGUUUGCUUCAGCAGUUUUUGUGUAUGUAAGAAAAAUUAAAAUCUACUAGACACCUA